GACAAGAUGUGGCCCCUUCCAUCACCGUCGUCGCGACAGAUGUCGCAACAUUUGGCGCUGGCAUCGUCUCCUCAUCUUUCAGUCGCCGGCUUUCCAACCGUCACCCUAUUCUUGAACCAAAACCUGGGUUAUGAUAUGUGGGUCAUGGAGCAGAUUUCCGACGACGCCUUUCUUCUUUCCAAGCAACGAUUCUAUGGGAUGGCAAUUUUUGGCAAAUCAAUGGCAAUUCUCAGACCCAGCGAUGAUUGGUCGUUAUUUGGGAUGGCCGGAUGGAUGAUUUUUGAGUUUAAUGUGUAGUAAAAUCCGAGCUCCAGAGUCCACAGGCGACCGCCUUUCUUGUACCAAAAUGAGGGGAUUACUAAAAGUGGAGAUGUUGGACAAGUAGUGGCCAGAAAGGAGGAAGCAGAUGAACGUGUACUUGAUUAUGCAUCCUCUGUCACUAGUUGGGGGACGGGGAUACGCGUAGAACCAAAUCUGGGUUCGUUUCCUGGAACAACGAAGAACACUAUGAAGAAAGGAAGGGCAAAAAAUUAAUUUGGAUUUUUUCUUUAAAAACCCGGAUCCAAUUCCAA